AGAUUGUAUUCCUCGGGGCAAUUUUUGAGCAAAAAUCAUUUAUUUUGGACAUUCGUCGCGGGAGUUUUGCAAGGAUCAGGAUUUCAUAACUCUUGGUAGGAAGGUUUCUCCUACCAACAUGCGCAGUACAACUUUAUGGGUACUAGUCUUCUGUACACUCGGCGGUGUAUCGUCGUUUCAUGUCAAUUCCCUACAACUGAAGGUUUCAACAUCGAGGCUGAUAACAUCACCGGCAGACAACUCUUGCUCACAAAGGAAGGCUUUCGUAGCAGGUCUAGCGAGAAUUGUUUGCUCUGCAGCGCAGCAAUCGCACCAUCCCGGCCUACUCAAGACUUACUAUGACCGACCAAAGCGGAUCAUUGCCCUAGGGGACAUCCAUGGCGACGUUCGAGCGCUUGCGACUAGCCUGCACAUGUCCCACCUCAUCGAUGAUCGGGGGAACUGGAUAGGGAAAGACUCGGUCCUGGUGCAGCUGGGAGAUGUGCUGGAUAGGGGGCCCAACGACUACUGGUGUAUGCGGCUGCUGAUCAAACUGCAAGAGCAAGCUCGGGCCUCGGGAGGAGACGUGAUCUGCCUGCUGGGGAACCACGAGGUCAUGAACGUGCAGCUGGACUUCCGUUACGUCGACCCUGCUGCAUGGGCGGGGUGGGAGCUGGAGGACGGCGGCAGGGGGAGCGCAGCGUAUGAGGCGGAGCAGGUCGCGAUCCACGCUCUGCCCAAGUACAUGCACGGCAGAGUCAACGCCCUCAGGAGAGGACACGGAACGCUGAGCAAGACCCUGUCGACCUGGCCCGUGUGUGUCGUCAUCGGAGACACCGUCUUCUGUCACGGAGGACUGAUGCCGGAAGCCGUGGUGUAUGGCCUGCAGCGGCUGAACGACGAGACGUCGAACUGGCUGGCAGGAGAGGAUUCAAUGAAGCCAUGGCUGCUGGAAUGUAACCCGCAGUUCUCCCCGAUAUGGCACCGGGCGUUUGCUACCGCCAACACUGUCGACCCCUUCACCUUGUCAGCUGCUGACUGUACCAUGAGACUACUUCACGUAUCUAGAAUGGUGAUAGGACACACACCGCAGUUCGAGGGAGUCAACUGCCUUGUAACGCCUGAGGGGAGGGAGAUCUGGCGGGUAGACGCGGGGAUGUCGACUGGGAUCUUUGAGGGCCCGGUGGAGUGCCUUGAGAUCCUUGCGGCCAAGGGGAGCAUGGACAAGGUUAACAUCCUCUCAGAGGAUGGGGUCAUAAGCAGGUCUCUCCGACAGCAGAAGAUCACCCAGAAGAUUUGGAGUUCGACGGGUGUCGGGGUGAAGACGCUGCAGACUUGAAAGAAUGUAGCAGUAUGAGUGACGUUCAGCAUGGUGGACUGAGAGCAAGAGGGCCGGGGGUGCCUUGAAUGUAUCAGUUUGUUGACAGG